GAAACUAGUGAAUGUAAAAGCCACAAGAGUUAGUAAAGUAUAACUCUUCAUACUCUCCAAGGUUAAGGAGAAGAGAUUUGUCCUGGGAAUUUCACAAAGACGUGAUCCAGCACGGAAUUGCGCUCCCGUUCAGCCUUCCGUGACCUGAAAUGUUGUUUUCCACUCUCUUUUUUUCACGUGGUGUUGGACGAAACCCCCCGUGCCGUAAAAACAAAUGUUGAAAAGUCAACUUAGCGGUCGUAAAUUCGACAGUCUCAGGACCCAACGACCACCCAGCUAUGACUACAUCAAAAUCCACAUUCAAAAAAAGAUUAUAUGAACAAUCGUCACUGUAAAUCCUUCCUCGUUGGUUCUCGCAAAAAUGAACGCCUUAACUACCAGCAUGGAGAUGUCAUUUGCUUCCCCAUCAGUCAAUUCCCGCCACGUGGCGGUUGUAGGAGCCGGAGCUGGGGGCCUCGUGGCGGCGAGGGAGCUGCACCGAGAGGGCCACUCGGUGGUGGUAUUCGAACGCGGGAACGAAGUCGGGGGCACGUGGGUCUACACUUCUAGGGUGGAACCCGACCCCUUAGGAAUGGACCCCACUCGACCAAUCGUUCACUCUAGUCUCUACAGUUCUCUUCGGACUAAUCUUCCGAGGGAGGCUAUGGGGUUCAUGGACUUUCCAUUCGUGACCUUAACCGGGCAGAAUAGGGACCCUAGGAUGUUUCCGGGUCACAGGGAAGUGUUGAUGUAUUUGAAGGAUUUCGCGAGAGAGUUUGGGGUUGAGGAAAUGGUGAGAUUCGAAACGGAAGUGGUUACAGUCGGGAUUUUGGAGGAUGGGAAGUGGAAAGUGAGGUCCAAAAAGACAAGUUUUUUUAAUAAUGAAAAUAACGAUCAUAUUGAUAUUAUUACUAGUAAAAGUGAAGUUGAAUUUGUCGAUGAGAUCUACGAUGCUGUCGUUGUUUGUAAUGGACAUUACACUGAGCCUCGUAUUGCCGAAAUCCCAGGCGUCAACUUAUGGCCGGGAAAGCAAAUGCAUAGCCACAAUUAUCGUGUUCCCGAGUCCUUUAGGGAUCAAGUUGUAAUUGUAAUAGGGAGUUCUGCUAGCGCAGUUGACAUUUGUCAGGACAUAGCUGGAGUUGCCAAAGAAGUACAUGUUGCAUCUAGAUCAGUUGCAGAUGAAACAUAUACAAAGCAGCCUGGAUAUGAUAAUUUGUGGCUUCACUCCAUGAUAGACAGUGCCCAUGAAGAUGGCACGGUGGUUUUCCAAAAUGGGAAAGUGGUGCUUGCUGAUGUCAUUAUCCACUGCACUGGGUACAAGUAUCACUUCCCUUUUCUAGACACCAAUGGCAUUGUGUCCGUGGACGAUAAUCGUCUUGGGCCACUGUACAAGCACGUCUUUCCCCCAGCCUUGGCUCCGUGGCUUUCAUUUAUUGGGGUACCAUGGAAGGUUCUUCCAUUCCCCUUCUUUGAGUUGCAAAGCAAAUGGGUUGCUGGUGUUUUGUCUGGUCGGAUUACGCUUCCAUCACAGAAGGAGAUGAUGGAAGAUAUUAAGGCUUUUUACUCAGCACUUGAAGCUGCAGGCAUACCAAAGCGGCAUACUCACAACAUGAGUGAAUCUGGGUUCGAGUAUUAUGAUUGGCUUGCUGCACAAUGUGGAUGCCAAGUCAUUGAAAACUGGAGAAAGCAAAUGUUCCAUGCAGCUGUUGCAAACGGGCCUGUUCGUCCGGGUACAUACCGUGAUGAAUGGGAAGAUCAUGACCUGGUUUUGGAAGCCCAUGGGUACUUUGUUAAGUACACCUCAAAAUCCUAAAGAAAACUGAUAUAUAGGUGAGGACAUAUCAAAAUUGUUAUCCUAGGACCGAAGUCCAACCUUAUAAAUCUUAAAAAUUAAAAGAAGCUGAACCCUCAGUUUCCAAUAUUUUCCAAAAUAAAAUAUAGAUAAAAUUUCUUAAGUUUACUUAUGAAAAUAAUUCAUUUGUCCAGGAUUGAUGGUUUUGGAUGAAUAAAAGAAGUCAUAAUUAAUUUUUUUUA